CCAGAAGCCAAUCUCUUUUCCUCGCAAAAGUCCCAGCAUUUAUAUGCAAAACAUAAAGAACUCUGACAACGUCCUGUAGAAGUAACGAAAAGAUAUCGAGAAAUCCCUUCUGGGUCAGAGCGGUUUCCCUCAAGAAUGGCGAAUUGGGGAAUGUUCUCCGGCUCCAAGUUCGCGGAAUCCGUGACCGUCAGCUUCAGGAUACCGUACUACACUCACUGGGGCCAGAGCCUGCUCGUGUGCGGCUCUGAGCCGGUGCUCGGAUCGUGGGAUGUGAAGAAGGGCGUGCUGUUGACUCCGUCUCACCACGGCGACGAGCUCAUAUGGCGUGGGAGUGUCGCUGUGCGGAGUGGUCACACGAGCGAGUACAGUUAUUAUGUGGUGGACGAUGGCAGGAACGUGUUGAGAUGGGAGAUGGGGAAGAAGCGCAGGUUGGUGUUGCCCGAGGUAGUGAAGGAUGGUGAUGUGGUGGAGCUUUAUGAUCUUUGGCAGACUGGUUCAGAUACUCUCCCAUUCAGCAGUGCGUUCAAAGAUGUCAUCUUUCGUAGAAGUUCGAGUGUGGGCGUAGAAAGACCCCUUGUAGUUCUUCAGAAUUAUUUGGAUGGAAUUGAUUCUGUCCUCAUUCAUUUUCGAAUAUGCUGCCCCGGUAUAGAAGAGGACACUGCAGUGUAUGUGAUAGGGAGCUGUUCGAAGUUGGGGCAGUGGAAGAUUCAGAAUGGAGUUAAACUUAGCCAUGCUGGUGAUUCAGUUUGGCAUGCUGAUUGUGUAGUCCAAAGAGGCGACUUUCCAUUAAAGUACAAGUAUUGUACAUAUGGCAAGGCAGGGAACAUUUCUCUCGAAAUCGGCUCUCAACGGGAACUUUCCCUCGAAUCCUCCAAAAGUCAACCGAGAUAUAUGUUCCUCUCUGAUGGCAUGUUUCGAGCAAUGCCAUGGCGCGGUGCUGGCGUUGCUAUUCCCAUGUUUUCCAUGAGAUCCGAAGAGGAUGUUGGAGUUGGAGAGUUUCUUGACUUGAAGUUGCUUGUUGACUGGGCUGUUGAAUCUGGAUUUCACUUGGUUCAACUUUUACCAAUUAAUGAUACAUCUGUACAUGGGAUGUGGUGGGACUCGUAUCCUUACAGCUCACUUUCAGUAUUUGCAUUACAUCCACUUUACCUGAGACUGGAUGCUCUGUCGAAGAACAUACCAAAUGAUAUCAAGGAUGAUAUUCUGAAGGCCAAGGAGGAGCUGGAUAAGAAGGAUGUUGAUUAUGAAGCGACAAUGGCCGCAAAGCUUUCAAUUGCCAAGAAAAUUUUCUCUCUUGAGAAGAAUCCAGUCCUUAAUUCAAGCACCUUCCAAAAGUUCUUUUCAGAGAAUGAGGAAUGGUUGAAACCUUAUGCAGCCUUUUGUUUCCUACGUGACUUCUUUGAAACUUCCGAUCACAGCCAAUGGGGUCGCUUUUCCCAAUUUUCAAAGGAAAAGCUUGAUAAACUUGUCUCAAAAGAGAGCUUGCACUAUGACAUUAUAUGCUUGCACUACUACAUCCAAUUCCAUUUACACUUGCAAUUGUCAGAAGCAGCCGAGUAUGCUAGAGAGAAAGGAGUGGUGUUAAAAGGAGAUCUGCCUAUUGGUGUUGAUAGAAAUAGUGUUGAUACCUGGGUCUAUCCAAAUUUGUUUCGGAUGAACACAGCAACUGGGGCACCUCCUGAUUAUUUUGAUAAGAACGGGCAGAACUGGGGGUUUCCUACUUAUAAUUGGGAGGAAAUGUCGAAGGACAAUUAUGCUUGGUGGCGUGCCCGUUUAACACAGAUGGCGAAGUACUUCACAGCUUUCCGAAUUGAUCACAUACUUGGUUUCUUUAGAAUCUGGGAACUUCCAGAGCAUGCCAUGACAGGCCUUGUUGGUAAAUUUAGACCGUCAAUUCCUCUAAGUCAGGAAGAACUUGAACGAGAUGGAAUAUGGGACUUUAAUCGUUUGAGCAAUCCUUACGUUCGGCAGGAAUUAUUACAGGAAAAAUUUGGAGAAUCUUGGCCUUUAAUUGCUUCUAAUUUCUUCAUUGAAUAUGAGAAGCACCUUUAUGAGUUCAAGGAAGACUGCAACACAGAGAAGAAAAUUGCUGCAAAGCUCAAGUCAUUUGCGCAGAGGUCCCUGUUGGAAGAUGAAAAUAAGAUACAACGGGAUCUCUUUGAUCUUCUGAAGAAUAUAGUUCUUAUCAGGGAUCCUGAGGAUGCGAAGAAAUUUUAUCCGCGUUUCAAUCUGGAAGAUACAACAAGUUUUAAGGACUUAGAUGAUCACAGCAAGAAUGUUUUGAAGCGACUGUACAAUGAUUACUAUUUUCACCGUCAAGAUAACCUAUGGAGACAAAAUGCUUUGAAGACAUUGCCUGUCCUCCUGAACUCUUCAGAUAUGCUGGCUUAUGGAGAAGAUUUAGGCCUUAUCCCGUCGUGUGUACAUCCGGUUAUGCAAGAACUUGGACUAGUAGGUUUGCGCAUCCAGCGAAUGCCUAGUGAACCAGAUCUUGAGUUUGGUAUUCCUUCUCAGUACAGCUACAUGACGGUGUGUGCUCCUUCUUGCCACGACUGUUCUACCUUACGUGCUUGGUGGGAAGAAGAUGAAGAAAGAAGGCGUCGUUUCUUCAAGAAUGUGGUGGGUUCUGACAAGUUGCCCCCAAGUAAAUGCGUUCCUGAUGUUGCACAUUUUGUUUUACGCCAACAUGUCGAAGCUCCAUCUAUGUGGGCAAUCUUCCCUCUUCAGGACUUGCUGGUGUUGAAAGAAGAAUACAUGACUCGACCGGCAACUGAGGAAACAAUCAAUGAUCCGACCAAUCCAAAGCACUACUGGAGAUACCGCGUACAUGUGACGUUGGAGGCCUUGAUGAAGGACCGAGAUCUCAUAUCCACGAUUAAGAAUCUUGUACGUGGGAGCGGAAGAUCACAUCCUCUUCCUGUUGAAGCUAAUACGAGGGGCAGUCGAGAGGGAAAUACUACUACAGAAAAGAAGCUAGUCAGUGGAGAGGCAUUAAACCACGCAGUUAAAUGGAGCUCCACAGAGGGAGAGCCUGGUGGUUUUGUAAUCCAGCCGCUUGUAAGCUAGACGUUUUAUUGGAAAAUCGGGAGGAUGUCCCUGGAGGGUCUACUUUAUUGAAGUUUGAAUAUUUUUUUCCCAAUAAGCAUAGAAUAACCUUUCCUGUCACACAACUGAGGGAUAAUACUAUAUCAAAUAAUACGAUGCGACUUAGAUA